CCAAGUCCCGCCUUCGAUACCGAAACCAGAAAGGAAGAAGGAGGAGGAACACAAAGAAAAGAAAAAUGUCAGACAACGUCGGCCUCCCGACACCGCGAGGGUCGGGGACGUCGGGCUACGUGCAGCGCAACCUGGCGCACCAGAAGCCGCGCGACAUGGCGGCCCCCUACCUGCCACGCGACGCCGACAGUCUGCGGCACCGCCAGCGCCAGCCGGACAAGGGCCUGCUCGAGCACGACCGCAAGCGCGAGGUCGAGGUCCGCGUGUUCGAGCUGCGGGACAAGCUGGAGGAGGAGGGGGUCCCAGAAGACGAGAUCGAGUCGCGGUGUGACGAGCUCCGCAAGAAGCUCUUGGCUGACAUGGAGAAGAGCCAGGACGGGGAGAGGCGGAGAGGCGGCGGUGGUGGGGUGGGCCCCGCGCCGCGGAGGAGCUUCAAAAUGCACCAGGUGCAUGAGCUGGCGGACGCGAAGAUCAAGGAGAGCGAGCGGCUUAGGCAGGCGCUCAAGAUCAGCAAGGACUACGAGGAGGGGAGCCACUGGCGGAGGCAGGAGGAGAGGCUCAAGAAGGCGCUCGAGCGGGAGACGGACGGGGGGAAGGAUGGGGCUGUCAACAACAAGCAGGACGGAGAAAGGUAG